AUUGAUUGAUGUGCUGUCACGAAGGUUGAUGGAUACAUUACGAGGUGGAUGCACUACCAUGAAGAUGACUAAUUCAAAUUUCGCUAUUCGUUCACUACCGAGUAAAGACGCAUUAUCACGAUGCACUAUUACUCACGAAGGCAGAGAGACGGAUGCAUUGUCACGAAUUACUUUUAAAUUCUUUUGGUUAUAUUUUAUAUUAGGUCGACUGAAGAUGACUAAUUCAAAUUUUGCUAUUCGCUCACUACCGAGUAAAGACGCAUUAUCACGAUGCACUAUUACUCGCGAAGGCAAAGAGACAGAUACAUUGCCACGAAUUACUUUUUAA